UUUUCUAAGUCACAUGUCAAUCAAAGACUCUUAAUUAUAAUCAUUUGCUGUGGUGAAGACGACGAUUACGUCGGACAAAAUUUGCCGGUAAUCGGUGGCGCCGCCUGUCACUCCCAUUUCAAAUCGUUCUUAAUUAUUGUAAAUUCACCAAUUAUUCGUCCCAUCAUUAACUACGAUUCCACAAUUUAGAUCGCCGCUCCCGAUUCCAAUCAAAAGACAAUGGCAGCUUCAGGGGAUUCAUGGGUAAGGGAGUACAAUGAAGCAGUAAAACUUGCUGACGACAUCACUAACAUGAUAUCAGAAAGGAGUUCCUUGCCCACGACUGGUCCAGAAGCACAGAGACACUCAUCUGCCAUUCGUAGGAAAGUUACCAUACUUGGAACGAGGUUGGAUAGCCUACAGUCUCUUCUGUCAAAGCUUCCUGGAAAGCAACCUCUGACAGAGAAAGAAAUGAAUCGGCGCAAGGAUAUGGUUGCAAAUUUAAGGUCAAAAGUAAACCAGAUGGCUUCCACAUUGAACAUGUCAAACUUUGCAAUUAGGGACAGCUUACUCGGGCCAGAAAUUAAGCCGGCUGAUGCAAUGAGCAGAACAACCGGGCUUGACAACUAUGGCGUUGUUGGUCUUCAACGACAAAUCAUGAAAGAACAAGACGAGGGUCUUGAGAAAUUGGAGGAGACAGUUAUAAGCACUAAACAUAUAGCGUUGGCAGUCAACGAGGAGCUUGAUCUGCAUACAAGACUAAUUGAUAAUCUGGACCAACAUGUUGAUGUCACAGACUCCCGACUGCAGCGAGUGCAGAAGAGGCUUGCGAUAUUGAAUAAACGCACAAAGAGUGGAUGUUCAUGCUUGUGCCUGCUUUUAUCUGUAAUUGGAAUUGUUGUUUUGGUUGCCGCUAUAUAUCUGCUGAUCAAAUAUUUGUAAUAUAGAGAAGAAUGGAAUUGAAACUUUCUGCUGUCCUCGUGUGUCCCGGAUUAAAAUUUAACAUUGAUGUUAGAAAAAAAGGGGAGAAAGAGAGACGGGAUUGGAAUGCUGUGUGUGAUUUGUAAAAUCGCUUGGAUUUUCGUUGCCUCUGUUUGGAUUCCUUGUUUUUGAGAUUGAUAUGAUUUGUUUGGAUAAAUUUUCAUUUGAGCUUUAUAAGAUAUCAUCAAGUUAAUCAA